AGACUCGUAGAGAGGGAGGGAGGGAGGAAGGAAGAGAGCGGAAGAGUAAAGCGGUGGGAAGAGGAGGAAGAUGAGCAAAUCGAAAAGAAAAAGAGAGGGAAAAGAAGGGCGGAAUCCUUUGGGUUAUUGUAUGAAGAAUGAGAAGUGGUGGUAACAAGUGCGAAGAGCUAUCAAAUGCGGCUUGUCGGAUUUGAUGCCCGCCCAGAUGACAGUGGGUCUAUCUAUGGGCGACUAGGGGAGGGGAAAAAAGGUAAGGGAGGGGGGUUCCGUUAUAAAAAAAAAAAAGGAAGGAAAAAGAAGCAAGAUGGCAUCUUGUUUUGGUAUAGAUGGGGUUAUACUUGUACAUUUUUCGUGUCAGGAAAAAUGGCCGAGCAGUGGCUAGUGUGGGUGACUCCGGGAAUGGUGGGAAGAAAAAGAAACAAGUUAUGCUGCCUGUGCAAAUAGUAUAUGCAAUUUGUGUAGUAUUGCUGCCCUUAUAUGCCGUACAGGUUGCUAUACACGACACGUUCGAAUACAUGUUUUGUCCUCUGUAUGUGUGCCCCAUACGCUCCAUGGAGAUUUGCAUAUUCGGCAGACAGGCCUGCAGGUCUGCAUAUAAUACGACAGGACAGAGUGCUGCCACUGGUGGUGUGCAUAAUGCGUGUGGAAAGCGUGCGUACGUGCGUGCAGUAUGUACUACUAUGUAUAUGUGUUGACCAAGCCAAAGAGUCCCAAAGAGUCCAUGUCUUUACAGCCCGCACAGCGCGCAGCUCUGGACCAGGGAGGUUCGGAAUUAUCCACAAAGAGAACGGCCAGGGGGAACGUGGUGGGUAGGUAGGGCAGCAGUACAAGUAAAUGUGGCUUGCAGCACACAGCCAAGAGAAGAAGAUUGGAAAACAAGACACACGCUAGGCAGUGCGGCAGACUGGAGAUGGGGUGGAGGGGGGAGCAUGAAUGGGAGCAGCAAUGAGCAUAUUGCAAAAAAAAAAGCCAUCAUCGAUCGAUCGAGGCACGCGGAGAUGCGCG